UUUCACCUCGGGCCAUAGCCAACCAAAGCAACGUACCUGUUGUGAUGCUCGGCCGCGCUGUCCUCGCUUGUCGUUGCCCCGCGCUCAGUAGGCCUCCCAUUGCAGCCUUCUCGACGUCGCCAGGCGUUCUGAAGCGGAAGCCCAAGCAGUGGAGCAAGCCCAACUUGAACGACCGGAUCGCGUCGACGCAGUCGGUGUCGCGCCUCCUCGACGUGUACGCCAAAGACAAUCUUCAGUUCACGCGCCUCCACUUGGCCAUGACUGCGAGCCGCCUCGGGAAGCUGCGUACGCCCUACCACAAGUUUGCCGACGUCGACAAGCAGAUCUUUCACGACCUUGCAUCCGAGCUCACGCGCCGCCUGCCUGAGCUCACGGCGCGCGACUUUAGCAACGCGCUGCAUGGACUCACGCGAGCGCGGGCGCCCGAUAGUGUCAUCUCCGCCUUGAUUGACUACUUUGUCAGCGAAAUGGACUUGGACGAGUUUCAGCUCACGGAGCUCAGCAUGGUCGUGCACGGCCUCGCGUCCAACCGGUUUAGCGCCCAGUCGUGCGCUGCGUUCAACCAUGUCGAAGACCGUCUUGUCGAACUCAUUACGAACGACAGAGGCGUCGGACCCCAGCACGUCGCCAACAUCGUCUGGAGCUACGCGACCGCCGGCGCCUACGGUGCGUCCGUGUAUGGCGCCGCGGAAACCUACGUGGCCACCCAUGGUCUGGACGACUUUAAGCCCCAAGAGCUCGGCAACUUGAUCUGGGGCUUCAUGCGGUCGCACCCGAACCACGGGUCGUUUGUCUUUGAGGCCGUCGCCGACCACCUCGAGGCGAGGCCGCUUCAAGAUUUUACGACGCAAAACAUUGGCAAUAUCGUCGCUGGCUUUGCAAAAGCCGACCAAGGCCUCUCGACAACGGUGCUCGAGGCUGUCGUGCAGCACAUGACGCAGCGCCUGCCCGACUGGCUCGCGAAGCCGCAGAACCUCUGCAACGCGCUCUGGGCACUCGCCCUCUUUGAAGCGACCGACCUUGUGCCGCUCAAGAGCGUCCUGGACGGCUUGUCGACGGUACAACUGGGUCUCCUCGAGAAGCGACAGCUGUACCAGUUUAUGCUCGAGGCGUCGCUGGCCUCGGACGCGCCGCUGACGACCUUGUAUCCUUCGCUCUACGCGGCGACCCGAGCUGCUAUGAUGGCGGACGACAGCAGCCGCGAAUCUGGCCGCAGCGCCUUUGUGCCCGCGGGCCUCGAUGCGGUGACGCGGGCGUUAGAGGACCGUCAUCUGCAUUUUGAGAUUAACGUCAUGACGGACAUUGGCUACACGGCGGACGUCGAGGUGCACUGGCCGGUAGCCGCGCACCGCGACCAUGGCGUGCUCAUCAUGAUCGAUGGUCCGUCGCGCUACUGGAAGCGCAAGAUGCGGCUCCGAUCGCGCAUGAAGAAGCGCCACCUCACGGGCAGCGGGUACCACGUCUUGAGCUUCCCGUACUUUGCACUGAGCGAAGAGACCAUUGACGCCGCGCUCGACGAGCUCGAGCGACAGCUGACACGGGACCGCAAGGCGUAGCUUCUCACAUCGAAUAUCUUUUGUUUUCAAGAGUCGGCGAUGUGACAAUGCGUAAGUAAAUGCAAUUUGCAAAGACUCGAGACAUCUCGGGACCACCGUCG